AUGAUGUCGACUGGGCAUUUACCAUCCAAUCACAUGCAUACUUCAGGCUUAGAUGCUCUUGCUCACGGUUCACAAUAUGCUAUCUCCCAGCUUCACCAGCAGCAAGUGGACCUUCGUCAAAACUCACAAGCUCAUAGGAACACUGCUUCAAAGCAUCGACAGCAUCCUUAUGCCAUAGGGAUAUCUGGAAACAACGCCACAUCUGCCAGGGGUACCGGAAAUUCUGGACCAAUUCGAAGGAGAAUCAGCAGAGCCUGCGAUCAGUGCAACCAACUCAGGACUAAAUGCGACGGCCAAAGCCCAUGCGCUCAUUGCGUCGGUAAGUAUUUUCAUUAAGACUCAACGGAUAAGGCUUAUGAGAAUAUAGAAUUUGGACUAGGAUGCGAGUAUAUCCGUGAACGAAAGAAGCGAGGAAAGGCUUCAAGAAAAGAUCUUGCACAGCAAGCUGCCGCUGCCGCUGCCGCCAAUGGACAAAAAUCACCCAAUGAUCAAUCAUCCGAGGAAAGAUCACCAGUGGAAUCUCGCAAUGAUCCAUCUUCCGCCACUUCCCUAACGAAUGACACCGUUGAAUUCCCACGACAUACACCAUCUAGGUCUUUGAGUCUCAACACAGCCGCAGUUGAAAAACCUUCAGCUCGUGAAUUGAUGAAAGGAAGAAUUCGUGCCGCUAGCCUCGAAAGCCUCACCGAAAUCCCAUCCCAAGGACAUCAGCCUCACGUUAGCCGCGCAGAAGUCAAUCAAAUCGCGAGCCCCGGGUCCUUGCACUUACAUGGCUACUCAAGCAUGCACGGUUACCGCUCUACAUUAAAUCCCCACAUGAUGAACGGCAGUGGCAGUCAUGCGAACUUCAACAGCUCGCAGACCGGUUAUUCAGAUCUACCCUAUUCUAUGCAGGGUCAGAGCCCGCCUAAUUUUUCGGGUAAUACCCAAGGUCAGUUUCGUUUAGCCGAAAGCCCUUUGACUGGUUUUCCUAUGGGCUCUGAUGCCCCUUCACCCGGUGGGUGGAUGUCAUUACCCUCUCCUUCAAACCAGUACCAACACGUGACACAUCAGAACUUCAAUGCACCCCUACGAUAUCCCGUGCUACAGCCCUUGGUACCUCACCUUGGCAGUAUCAUAGCAAUACCUUUAGCCUGUGAUUUACUCGAAUUAUAUUUCGCAAGCUCGUCAUCAGCUUUGAUGCACCCUACCUCUCCUUACAUUCUCGGAUACGUCUUUCGCAAACACUCGAUCCUUCACCCUACGAAACCUAGGCAAUGUACCCCUGCCUUACUCGCUAGCAUAUUAUGGGUUGUGGCACAAACUAGUGACGCAGCUUUUCUAACAGCAAGUCCAUCAGCUCGUGGACGAAUUUGUCAAAAAUUACUCGAACUUACUGUCGGUCUUCUUAAACCUCUUAUUCACGGAACGACUGGAAGCAAUGAAUCUGCUUCCAAUUUCUCUAAUACUAUCAUUAAUGGUGUGGCGUUGGGUGGUCUUGGCGUAGCAAUGCCCGGUUCGGUAUCUACAGAUGCACUAAAUGAGACAGGUGCUUUUGGAGCAGCUGGAACUCUUGACGAUGUUAUUACUUAUAUUCAUCUCGCUACUGUUGUGUCAGCUAGCGAGUACAAAGGAGCGAGUCUUCGAUGGUGGAAUGCAGCUUGGUCAUUAGCUCGUGAACUUAAAUUGGGAAGGGAGUUACCACAAAACCCAACCACGAUGGCUUCCGAACAACCAAAUGAAGGAGCCAAUGAUGUCGAUGCUGAUGGAGAAGACGACGAUGAAUUACCUCGAACACCGGGGCAGGUAACUGAAGAAGAGAGAGAAGAGAGGAGAAGAAUAUGGUGGCUUUGUUACAUAGUGGAUAGGCACCUAGCAUUGUGUUAUAACAGACCACUCUUUCUGUUAGACAUAGAAUGCGAUGGCCUUUUCCAGCCAAUGGAUGACACGUUAUGGCAGGCUGGAGAAUUCUAUACUGGUGAUUCAAGCAUUCAUGUUACUUCCCCAUCGGGUACUCAACGGAUAAGAAGGCGCGGACCUAACUUUGAGUGCACCGGACAUAGCAUAUUCGGAUACUUCCUACCCCUCAUGACGAUCCUCGGUGAGAUUGUAGAUCUCUACCACGCCAAAAAUCAUCCUCGAUUCGGCAUCAGCUUUCGUUCUGCUCGCGAGUGGGAUGAUCACGCUAAUGAAAUCGCAAGACAACUGGAUGCUUAUGGUCAAAGUCUACGGGACUUUGAAUCCGAACAAAUCCCUCCGUUGCCCGAUGACCAAAAUGAUCAAAACAUGGAAUGUAAUAAUAUUCAAUCCUCUACAAGCAACAAAUCUCUCGAACACAACGACAUCAGUACUCCUUCAGUUCACUCAGUUCAUUCCGCUCAUUCAGCUCAUUCAGCUCAUUCAACUCACACCGCAUCCUCAAAUCAUGUCUCAGAAGCUAAUAUUCAAACGCGCAUCGUGGUGGCUUAUGGUACGCAUGUUAUGCAUGUCCUUCACAUCUUAUUAACGGGAAAAUGGGAUCCGAUUUCUCUACUUGAUGAUAACGAUCUAUGGAUCUCGUCGCAAAGCUUUAUCAAUGCGACGGGACAUGCUGUCAGCGCAGCAGAAGCUAUAAAUAACAUAUUGGAAUACGAUCCCGGCUUGGAAUUUAUGCCUUUUUUCUUUGGCGUCUAUUUGUUGCAAGGCAGUUUUUUGUUAUUGCUUAUCGCGGAUAAACUUCAGGUAUGUUGGGUCACUAAUCUUCUUUUCUUUGUUUCAUUCUUUCAUGUGCGUUUAUUUUAACUUAACAUUGAUAUACAUCAUAAAUACUAAGACGAACAAAAUAGGUGGAAGCAUCACCCAGCGUAGUCAAAGCCUGCGAAACCAUCGUUCGAGCCCACGAAGCCUGUGUCGCGACGCUGAAUACAGAAUACCAGGUUAGUUUGCAUCCCAUCCCGCUCCCACAUAUCCAUAUCCAUAUCUUCCACCCAAUCCAACCCAACCCAAUCCCAGCCCUUCCCUUCCUUCCCCUCUUUUCUCUCCUUCCAUUGCGUUACAUAACACUAUAUACUAACAUCCCUCUCCCCGCAGCGCAAUUUCCGCAAAGUAAUGCGCUCAGCACUCGCACAGGUACGCGGUCGCAUCCCAGAAGAUUUCAACGAGCAACAGUUGAAGCGGAGAGAAGUACUUUCUCUCUAUCGCUGGACGGGCGAUGGAACGGGUUUAGCUUUAUGAAAAGAAAGUGUGAAGAAAAAAAAUAGAUGAAAAAGAUGAAAAGAGAUGGAGAAGAAGAAGAAAAAAAAGGUUUCUUCGGCUAUGAUUUUUUUUUAUUCUUCUUUUUUUAGGGAGGGGCGGAUUUACUUUGGUUUGUUUUGUUUCUUGUAUGUUUUGUUAUGCUAUUUAUGUUAUGUUAUGUUCUUGAUGAAUGGGAAUGCAUGCAUGGAUGGAUGGAUGGGCGGUAUGAAAUGGAAUGAAAUGCGACGCAAUGGAUGCAAUGGAUAAGGUUGGCCUUGAUAGGGUAUCGGAAACGGAAGGAUUUUGGUUCUUGCAAUUGUUGUUGUUGAAACCGGGACGGGAUAGGUAUAGGUAUGGAAAGGAAGGGAAAGGAUAUCCCAAGGCAUUGGAAAGGCAACCAAAGGCAAUGAAAUGAAAAGAGAAGAAAAGAGAAGAGAAGAACAGCAUCUGGAUCUGGAAAUAAGAAAAGGUUUGAUUUGAAGUAUUGUGAUAUAAAGAGGAGUUAUAUAUUGA